GGGUUUUUCUAUUAGAAGACCUGGGUAAACAUCCAUUUUGUGUAGAACCCUCUUCUUCAUAGUAUUACUCAUAACUUCAAAACCACCAUCAAAUCAAAUCAAAUCAAAAUCAAAAAGUUUAUCUGACAAAAUGGCGACCGUUAUGCAGAAAAUCAAAGAUAUCGAAGAUGAGAUGGCAAAGACCCAAAAGAAUAAAGCAACAGCACAUCACUUGGGAUUGCUGAAGGCUAAGCUUGCAAAAUUGCGAAGGGAACUUCUCACACCGACUACGAAGGGAGGUGGUGGGGCUGGAGAAGGAUUUGAUGUUACUAAAAGUGGAGAUGCAAGGGUUGGUCUUGUGGGUUUCCCUUCUGUUGGGAAAUCAACACUUCUAAAUAAGUUAACGGGCACAUUUUCAGAGGUUGCUUCAUAUGAAUUUACAACUCUCACCUGCAUUCCAGGUGUUAUUACAUAUCGCGGAGCUAAGAUUCAGCUGUUGGAUCUUCCUGGUAUUAUCGAGGGUGCCAAGGAUGGAAAGGGAAGAGGAAGGCAGGUUAUCAGUACUGCUAGGACAUGCAACUGUAUCUUGAUUGUGUUGGAUGCAAUCAAGCCAAUCACCCACAAACGUCUCAUUGAAAAAGAGCUUGAAGGAUUUGGUAUUAGGUUAAACAAGGAGCCCCCAAAUCUGACGUUCAGGAAAAAAGAAAAGGGUGGGAUUAAUUUUACAUCAACGGUUGCGAAUACACAUCUUGAUCUUGACACGGUGAAGGCAAUAUGCAGCGAAUACAAAAUACAUAAUGCUGAUGUCACCCUUAGGUUUGAUGCGACUGCAGAUGAUCUCAUAGAUGUUAUCGAAGGAAGUAGGAUAUACACUCCUUGCAUCUAUGUUGUCAACAAAAUUGAUCAGAUUACACUUGAAGAGCUGGAGAUAUUGGAUAAACUUCCUCACUAUUGCCCUGUGAGUGCUCACUUGGAAUGGAAUCUUGAUGGUCUGCUGGAGAUGGUAUGGGAAUAUCUCAGUUUGACUCGCAUUUACACAAAACCCAAAGGGAUGAAUCCAGACUAUGAGGACCCUGUAAUCCUUUCGUCCAAAAAAAAGACUGUUGAGGAUUUCUGUUUUCGAAUUCACAAGGACAUGCUCAAGCAAUUUAAGUACGCAUUGGUAUGGGGUUCUAGUGCAAAACACAAGCCACAAAGAGUCGGCAAGGAACAUGAGCUUGAAGAUGAAGAUGUUGUGCAGAUCAUCAAGAAAAUUUGAAAGUUGGAACUGCCAAAUCUCCUGCUUCAUUUUUGUGAGUGUAUCAUCCACGGCACCACCCUACUGAGUUGGUUAAGUAGCAUGUUAGGUUCUAUCAGAUUCAUGUGGUGGUUUUCUUAGCUUGAUUUUGUAAUGGAUGUCGAUGUGUGUCUAAACAUUAGGACAAAGAAAGCGAGGAUACUAAGCAAAAUAUGUAUGGUCGUUCCAAUAUUUUAGUUUAUGGCUGUUUCGUAUUUCUAUAAACUAAAUUUUCAAUUAA